AUGCAGAUUCUCAUUUGGCGCGCCAACACGGGCCGUCGCGCCAACGCCGCAGCCAUUGCCGUACACGGUCCGAUCCAGAUCGCCAAGGAGUUUCUCGAUCUCGCAGCACGGCUACCGAGCGCCGCUCUCGAGGCACACGGACCCGGCAUUGAGUUCAAGGUCUUCGAGAUUGCGAGCGCCGUCGCCGAUGUCAUUGCCAGCCACCUCAGCCAGUCGAACGCGCUGCCGAUGGACGUCCGCCCCAGCGACAUUCUCGCGCGUCUGCAGACGCUACUCGCCUCGACGCGCGGCGGGAACAACAGCCUGCUGCGUCUUCUCGGAGCGCGCAUCGCCCAGGCCGAAGCCCAGCCAGCAGCGCUCUUCAGCCUCGGUCCUACCAUGGUCCCUCACCAACGCGUCGACGAGAUCCUCGACGGCGGCAUCUCGUCCUGGAAUCACGCAAACGGAACUCCCGAGCAGGCGUUCGAUGUGCAGGCCUACCAUGACCAGGCCGCCAUGACGCAGAUGCAACCUCUCGGCUGGCCGUUCCCCGCGUCGCCUUGGCUAUCCCUCGUGGCCGCCGCCGAACUCGAGCAGCAGCAGCACGCCGACGGCACCAGAGGCCAGCAGAUACAGGGUGAAGCAGAAGGCAUGAGCCCUGGCGGCACCGGUGGCUGGUUUUCGCAAUCGCUCGACCUCUUGGCCCAGCUCGAAUCGGAGCCACCCACGAGUGAGGCCUCCAUGGAGAGUCUGUCCGGAAACAACAGCGUCGACAUGAUGACGGGCGAUCCUUGGUUGCUCGAUCUGGGGCAGUCCUGA